CGGAGACCGAACUUGUUCAGUAUCUCUCCCCACCCCCAUCCCCACCCCCAAUGGGAAAAGUCAAGUUUUGUAAAACUCGGUGACGGAUGUAGAGGGUCUGAGCUGAAAGAUGUAGCUUGGACCUGGUGUAUCGCCUGGUCUAACUCCAGGCGUUUUCAGCUUGGGAUCGAGGAAAAUCGACUCAUACGGAACAUUCUACCCUCAAGUUUUGGACGGGCUGUCAAUGUUUAACAAGGGAUUUGAGAUUUACAGCCGUCCUACAAGUCUUAACUAUAUUGAAGGGGGUCUUCAGAGUUUUCCCUAAAGACAAGAUAAACAUUGGUAACGGGUGUCUUCCCGUAUGUGUUCGUUUCGUGGGUAAGGAUAAGGGUAUCCUGCAAAAAACUGGAUAAUUGGCUUAACAAUGAUGGUAAUUGGUCUAUAUUUUUCUCUUUCUCCCACCCUUGCUUUGCUACCAAAAGUUGCCAAGAGCAAGUCAAAGACCCUCCUUGUGAAAAUGGUGAGCCAAGCAGGGACGGGUUACACCUUCAACACCAAGAGAAGCCGCUUACGAGAGAAACUGGUCCUUCUGCACUACGACCCAGUUGUGAACAAACGGGUCCUAUUUGUGGAAAAGAAAAAAGUGCGCUCUAUUUGAACAAUGGAUUGAAAAUGAAUUUGAUUUAUAAAUGAGGAAGACUCUUGGGAAGGGGGGGGGGAGAAACACUGAUUCAGAAAUCCUGCAGUGUGCACCCAAAGGAAAGGAAGUGGCUUGGAAUCACCGCCUCCUGUAAUUUGAAUGCCAUUGUGAAGGAAAACAAUGCAUUGAAAGAAAAUUCUUCACUUUAGGACAUAGAUCAUUGCAUCAACAUUUAUUUAUCUUUCUGGUUAUUUUUACAGCCUUCAAUAAAAAAAAAUUAAAA